AUGUCAGAACUGUUCAGUCACCUCAAAGCAGUCCUGCUCGUGCUAGUCACUGCAAAAAUAUUGACAUUGCUCAUCAAAUAUCGCAAGCGAGGUUUUGGCACAUCGAAGAGAGAAGAUGUAUAUGAUGAUCUCCCGGGAUGGCCUCUGUUGGGACAGUUGCCGGAAGUGAUUCUCAACAGCCGAAAUCUUUUAGAGUGGGCUGCCCAGAAAACUCUGGUUCAUGGUGUGGGUUACUCGGUUACGAUGCCGGGUCUACGACUGAUAGAAAUUACCCGGCCAGAUUGGAUAGAGCACGUGCAGAAAACCAACUUCCAAAACUAUGUGAAAGGUUCAUUAUUCCAAGAGGUGAUGUCUGACGUCUUCGGGCAAGGAAUCUUUGUUACUGAUGGCGCGGCUUGGAAAACGACAAGGCAGACUACUGCAAGAAUUUUUAACACGAACAACUUCAAUAACAUUAUUACUCCAGCCGUGCACAAGACUCUGGAAUCUUUUAUGGAAGUGCUUACAUUUCAUUCAGAAACACAAACUGCUGUGGAGAUCGACAGUCUACUUCACCAGUUUACCCUAGAGUCGUUUGUAAAAAUGACAUUUAGCCAGGAUAUGGGUAGUAUAAAGGCUGGACUCUCGGGCCAGACCACGGAACCUUUUGCCGAAGCGUUUGACUACGUUCAGAAGCAGCUGGAUUUGAGAUUCAUCAUGACGGCCAUAUGGCUGAGACUGGGUCGUUUUGUCGGCAGCCGACCCAAGAUGCUGGCGGCUCGUCGGACGCUUGAGAACUACGCAUAUGAGCUGAUCGACUCGAGGAGCGCAAACCCUAACAGAGACACAGAAGUUUACCAGGACCUCUUGGGUCUUUUCAUGAGCUUUACAGACGAGAAAGGGCUGUCGAUGUCACGGAGUGAGCUGAAAGAUUCAGCUCUCAACUUGAUCAUUGCUGGAAGAGAUACAACGGCGCAAGCACUUUCGUGGACUUUUUUCCAUUUGAUUCGGAAUCCAGACGUCGUGGCCAAAAUGCGAGUUGAGAUUGAGCAGCUGAUGGCAUCCAACGACGAGCUGGUGGACUAUUCGAACUAUAAACAGUUCACCUAUCACCUCGCCGUCUUUUAUGAAGCUCUCCGGUUGCAUCCGUCGGUACCCAAGAACGCCAAAUUUGCGGUGGAUCAUGACAAAAUCCCGAAUGGUCCAUUGGUGCAACCAGGAGACUGUUUACGCUGGAGUGAUUGGCAGAUGGGCAGAGAUCCUACCAUAUGGGGAGCUGACUGCACAAAUUUCAAUCCUGCCCGUUGGAUAGACGAUAGCGGAACCUUAAAACAGUUCGGACAAUGGAAAUUUCAUGCAUUCAAUGGUGGCCCGCGGGUAUGUGUCGGCAUGCAUCUAGCCACUUUGGAAGCCAUCGCGUGUCUUGUCCAAGUGGUUAGAAAUUUCGAUCUAGAAUACGAACCGGGAUGGUAUGAAAAGGUACCCAAGAUCCGUAAAAUCAGUGCGGAUAGCACAGAGCAGACCCCGCGCUACGCGGCUUCCUUAACCUUGCCGAUGGCCAAUCACAUGAGAAUCUUAGUUCGGAAGAGAAAGUCCUAA